AUGCACCCCGGAAACACCUGCCACGAGGGCAGCAGCGUCUGGUUCGGCUUUGACGGCGGCGCCAUCGCGGACAGGGUCAUUGACGGCGUCUGGUUCGGCGAAGAGUACGAGCGAAUGAUGCGGACCCUGCGUAACUGCACGUCGAAUUAUGUUUGUUUCCCAAAAGGUCUGAAUAGCUUCGUUGAUGGAGCGACAUUUCGCAUCGUGGCAGCCUCCGGCGAGAAGCUACAAUUCGCUAUCUGGGUCGAGUCGGAUAGGUCAAAACCCCAAGACUUGUACUCUUUCGACAAGCAUCCCGACUGGGCGCUGCAGGCCGAGGGCUACCUCCCGGUUGAGCAAAGCCUGCAACCGGCUCGUCCUCGACCUCGCGCAACCCGCCGUGUAGGGCCGAAUCAUGGAAAGAAUGACGAUACUCUCAUCCGAAGCGCGCCCACGGCCUUUUGUCAAGUGGGAUAG